GAGCUUCUGUAACCACAGGAGAGUGGCUGCGACAAACAAAGGGCGCGAGCGGACACUUCCUGACCGCACGUGAUUCGCUGCCGUGAAGUGGACCGGGCCCCUCUCAGGAUGUCCCUUUUUUUAUUUUACGGCUGAAUCUCCCCUGAGAGUUUUAUAUGUGGAGCGGCUUGAAAUGAACUCAGGGGACAGAGCUUCGUCUCACAGCGUUGGCAAUAACAACCAGCGUCGCCUCUUCUCCUCCUCUCCAAUCCUCAUGAGAAGUUUGAGCGGUGCUGGUUGACAGGAGUCUUACCUGUGGUCCACAUCGUGGAAUCCAGACCCACGAAGCCAUUCUUUCUCACGCGGGCUUGCAUGCAUCAGUGGCAAGAAAUUGCAUUUCGUGGUAGACUACAAAAAAGGAGACACGGUGACCUUUCAGGAGGAUGGAGGUGGGAGCCGAGUGCGGCGGUGUGCAGAAGAACAGAAAAACAUGUGCCUCUUCCUGCUCCAGUCUCAAGAUGUUCCUGGUGGCUUUGUCCUUUGCCUAUUUUGCAAAGGCUUUGUCGGGGAGCUACAUGAAGAGCACAAUAACUCAGCUGGAGCGGCGCUUUGACAUCCCCAGUUACCUAGUGGGCAUCAUUGACGGGAGCUUUGAGAUGGGUAACCUGUUAGUUAUAGCUUUCGUCAGUUACUUUGGUGCCAAGCUCCAUCGGCCAAAGAUCAUUGCAGUGGGUUGCGUACUGAUGUCUGUUGGCACCUUCAUCAUCGCAUUGCCUCACUUCAUCACUGGACGUUAUGAAUUUGAAUCAUCUGCACGGUGGGAUGUGAAUGCAACCCUUAACCUCUCACCUUGUCCAUCGGGCUCAACUGACGUCAGCCAAUAUAGUAAAUUGUCUGAAGUACCAGCGACAGGUUGUGAAGGCGAUUCCAACCUUUCCAUGUGGAUUUAUGUGCUCCUUGGAAAUGUCCUACGAGGGAUUGGAGAGACUCCUGUUCAGCCUCUUGGGAUCUCCUACAUAGAUGACUUUGCUAGUGAGGAGAAUGCUGCAUUGUAUGUGGGCUGUGUGCAGACCAUUUCUGUGGUGGGGCCUGUCUUUGGCUACCUGCUAGGCUCCUUAUGUGCAAAGAUUUAUGUGGACAUUGGAUUUGUAAAACUGGAAAGCAUCACCAUCACGCCAGCAGAUUCCCGCUGGGUUGGAGCCUGGUGGUUGGGCUACCUCAUAGCAGGGAUCAUCACCCUGCUUUCUGCUGUUCCAUUCUGGUUUCUACCACGCUCAUUGCACAUUUCAGGCAGCAAGCACACCCCCGAGAAGCCGGAGCAGACAAGUUUUAUAAAAGACUCUGUCCCCAUGAAGCAUAAGUAUCCUGCAGAGGAGCACAUGAGCUUCAUAGAGAUGGCAAAAGACUUUUUUCCAACUGUGCGGGCUCUACUGGGACACCCUGUGUAUUUGAUCUACUUGUGUGUGACGAUCAUCCAGCUCAACUCUCUGAUCGGCAUGGUCACCUACAAGCCCAAGUACAUCGAGCAGCACUUUAGGCAGUCUGCCUCCAAGGCAAACUUUCUAAUGGGUGUGAUUAACAUCCCAGCCGUUGCAAUUGGGAUUUUUUCUGGUGGUCUCCUGAUGAAGAAGAUGAAGCUGAACAUAAUGGGAGCAGCAAAGUUUGCCUUCGUCACAUCUCUCAUUGGUUAUAUCCUGUCAUUGUUUUUCUUUGCGAUGAGCUGUGAGAAUGCCAAGAUGGCCGGGGUGACGCUUCCAUACAACAGUGUGAAGGGGAUAUCUUAUGAAAAGCAGUCCGUCUUCAACGCCUGCAACUCCAACUGUUUUUGUUCAGCAAAUAACUGGGACCCAGUUUGUGGAGGCAAUGGGAUCAUGUAUGUUUCUCCUUGUCAUGCUGGCUGUACCAGCUCCACUGGCUCAGGAACAAACACAGUCUUCUCCAACUGUAGCUGUGUCGGUGUGGCUGGCAACUUCACGGCCUCUACAGGUCAAUGCCCUGACAAGGACGAUUGUGACAGGAUGUUCCCGUACUUCUUAGCGCUGUCUGUCAUCACUUCAUUUAUCAUCUCCCUGGGAGGCACACCAGGCUACAUGCUUCUCAUCAGGUGCAUCAAACCGCAGCUAAAAUCAUUUGCGUUGGGGUUCCAUGCUCUGGCAACACACACACUUGCUGGAAUCCCAGCGCCCAUUUACUUUGGAGCAAUCAUUGACACCACUUGUCUCAAAUGGGGACAGAAGCGAUGCGGUGGAAUAGGAGCCUGUAGAAUAUACAACACUACAGCUUACAGGAUAGCAUACCUGGGCCUGACUCUGAGCCUGCGGACAAUCUCCUUUCUAAUUUGCAUCCCAGGCUUCAUCCUGCUUAGUAGGCAGCUGCAGAAGGAGGAACAGGAUGCCCUCCAUGGAUCUCUGGCCAAUGGCGGAACAGAGCUGGAGGCACUCAGAAAGGAAGAAUUUGUCGUCUCGAAUUCUGAGCGGUUACAAAGAAGUAAAGACAAUGGCACAGGCCGUGAGACGCGAUUGUGAUUCUCCAGGAGGUGACGUCACAACCCUCCUGUCACACACACACACACACACACACACACACACACGCACACACGCACACACACACACACACACGUAAGAUUUGCAGGGACUCAUUAAAUGUGAUCAUAUGAUGCAGGGCUCUUCUAUUAAAAGUCUAGAGCAGGGGUCCUCAAUUACAUCUGUCCAAGGGCCAAACUUUUUCUCAGCAGACACUGUCAGAUGGUAUCGUUUUUUAAAAAUAAUAAUUAAGUAAUACUUUGCGGUGCGAAUUUCGCAACUUCACUUAGAUAUAAAAAAUAUAUUACUGAUAAUGAAUAAAUCAUGCUUUUUGUGGUUGAAUACGGCCUAUUAUUAGUCAAAAAUAUGCAAAUUGAAGAUAAUUUUGCUCUUUUUUUUGCCUAAAUUAUGCACUCUCCAGCAUAAAAAUGGCUAAAUGAAGUAUAGGUCUUCUGUUAAACAUAUUUGUUUAAAUGCAAGUGUCGUCAUCUACCGCAUACGCCUCGCUGAUGCCCCCUGCAGAGUGGAGGAAGUACUGCAUGAAUGAGACUGAAUGGUUGACAUGAUUUGGGCGAUGUUUGGCCUGCGAAACGAAAAGCUUUGGUCACAGGCUGCUUAUUGAGGACCACUGGUCUACAGAUUACCAACAGAUAACCAACAUAUGUAAUAUUACACAUAUUCCAUAUCAUUUAAACAACAUUAUUAUUAUUUUUAAACACUUCUAUAGUCAAUUAUAUUUAUAUUGCACCAAUUCACAGCAGAGGUUAUCUCAAGGCACUGUACACAUGUAGCAGGUACCUCCUGGGACCCAGAAGAAUAAAAGUUCUUGUUUUGAAUUACUGUACAUGACUUGGGUGAAAAUAGUAUGCCACAAUAGUUGGGGUGUGUCACAAAAUGUGUUUGUUUUGUGUAAUGUCCUUAGCUCAAUUAUAUAUCAUCUUUUCUACGUAUUACAGUGGAACGUUGGUUAGCGUCAUUAAUCUGUUCCAGGAGGUCACGUUCUCAAACCCAAUCAGUUUUUUCCAUAAGAAAUAAUGUGAAUCCAAUUAAUCUGUUCCAGAAAGCCAGAAAUGUGAACAGAAAACAAGUUUUCAUAGUUUUACAAUUAUGGUUGAACAUGCGGAAAACAAUUUGAAUUGCAUAUAAAUUCAUAUCACUGAUGAAUGAAAGGAGUAAAGGGACAUUUAAGGUUACUUUUACCUUCAAUGACGACGUGUUGUUGGCACCGAUAUCACCACCUUCCUGUUUUGCCGUGAUAUAUUUCUUGAAUUCAGUGGGGUUUUUCACUUGAAGUCUCUGCUUUUCUUUUGAUCACAGCUGCAAAUAACCCACAUUGGAGCCAAAGAAAGUUUCAAGUGCCAUUUGAUAAAGAAGGUGACAAACACUGCUGAAUUCAAGAAAUUACUCAUGGCAAAACAGGAAGGUGGUGUUCGUGUUGAUCUCACUGCCACAUUGUGCCUUUGCCAACACAUAACAUCUUCAAGGUUAAAGUAACCUUAAAUGUGCAUUUAUCCCUUUCAUUCGUCACUUAUAUGUAUUUAGAAUUGUUUUAUGCAUGUAAAACGACAAUUGUAAAACUAUAAAAAUGUAUUUUAUGUUAACAUUUUUUAGACUUGUGUCGUAACUGUUAUAUUGCAUACAACUACAGAGUCAACUGCUGAUGUCGUCAUUGAUGGGCAACGGAGCUGACUUAUCGUUGUUUCCAUGUAGUAGCAAGCUAACGGGAUGCUAACAAGGAUGUUUUAGAAUAAAAAUACAUUAAAAACACGGUUGGCGUCAAGCGGUGUAUUAAUAACAUAAUGUAUGCUAAGUGGAAAAUGUACGCAAACCGAGGCAAAAUUGAAGUGUACAUUUUUGACGUUAACCAAAAAACAUGAAUCAUUCGUUCACUUGUUUUGUUUUCCAUCUAUUAAUUAAAUCAAAGGUGGAUAAUAACAGCGUUGCAGCGUUCACCCGGACGUGGUUUUACGUGGCGUCAGCAUAGACAUAGAUAGACGCAACAUAGCGCGGGUUUGUCCACUGCUGGGAUACGUCAACGUCGCCGCCAUAUUGGAUGUGUCAGGGCUGCGCUGUAUAUGUACUUACUUACAUAAAGUGCCUUUCUACAAAGAAAAUGAAGUUAACGCCUCUCGUUUAUACAUUCACACACACGCAAUAAUAUACUUGGGAAAGACGCUUUAUGUAAGUAAGAUCGUUUACUUGUACAGUGUUCACUCGCUCAAUUGCGGUUCGCCUUUCGCAAGUUUGCUGUUUCGCUGAUUUUUUUAGUGCUUCUUUUUUUGUUAAUACAGCCUAUGAAUGCUGUUACAGGCCGAGCCUGGCCCUUUAAGAAUUGCAUUGUGGGAAGUUGAGUGUCUCUCUCGCUCUCUUCCCGCUCUCAUUUGUCUGCCCCGCCCAUUGUUUUCUGAGUCCUGAUUAGCUGUACACCAUUGUCAAUCAAUCUCCUUUGUGCCGCCUUGUCUCCUGUGUCAUGGCUAGCUUGCUUGCUUGCUAGCUUGUAAAUGAAUCUUCAGUUUGAAGGAGGACUGCAAGAGGAGGAGAAGUUGCAAGUACAAGUGAGUGACUUAAUAAUUUCUUGUGUCUGACCUGUUGGUUGAUCAUUAAAUUUCAAACGAAGAUUUGAACUUUUUUGAGAGUGUUUAAACGAAAGAUAUGUGAGAAAAUGUUAUUGCCUGUCUGAGAAAAGUGUAUGGUGAGGGGUUUUACAGCCUUAAAACAUGUAUAAUAAUCGUAAAAAAAAAAAAAAGAA